UAGAGCGUAUACUUAAAAAUGGUGGACUCCAAUGCUUUCGGCGCUUGCUUAGUUGUGAUCUCAGUAAGAACAUCCGGAAAGAACAAUGUCUGGAGGUCUUGAACAUAAUGCGUAAUAUGUAUAAUAUCCAGGGUAUCAUUGAAGCGGAUCUAAUCAAGCCCCUGAUCAAUCUGCUUCAACAAGCCGAUCAUCGUAUAAAGCAAGAGGCAGCAUUUGCAAUAGGUAGUGCUAUUUGCAAGGCUGAUGAUGACCAACUUAGGUACUUUGGAAAUCAAGGCUGUGUCAGGCCAUUCAGCAAUCUCCUUGCUUCUGAUAAUCGGGAGGUGCUACAUUAUUCUUUGAGAGUAGUCGAAAAAAUUUUGAAGGUUGGGCAUGCCGACAAGAAAUCAGGCAAGACAGGGGAUGAGAAUGUCUACUUGGAAAUGCUACGUAAUGCUGGUGGGAUAUGCAAGCUUUUACACCUUACGGAUCAUGCUCGAGAUGAAGAUAUUCAAGAGAGAGCUAAGAAGGUUAUCCAGACAUACUAUUGGAUGGAGCAGGAGAUGGUAUUUAGCAAGGAUGACGAGGGUGGGACGAACGCAUCUUAUGGAUCUAACUCGAGCUGGAGGUCCUGAACUACUUUAUUGGAGCAGGAGUUUAAGAUUUAGCAAGGAUGAGGAGUGUGGGGCGACGCCAUCUAUGGAUCUAACUCUGGCUGGAGGUUGAGAACUACUAGAAUCCAGGAAAAGUUCUGUCGUGCCGGGCAGCUUCAUAAAUGGCUGUAGACAGGUAGGUCUCCUGAUCGGACCUUGCACUAAUCUAUUAGCUGUGGUUGUAGAUAUGAGCGUAUGCCAUUAAUCCCCUGUUGAGAGCUAGAAGUUGUAUUGUAAUUUAUGGUACUCUUCCAUGAUUGUUCUGUUUUUCUCGAACAUUCUUAUGUCGUACAAUCUGAUUAGGUUCAUAUUAUGGCGAUUGUAUC